AAAGAGCCACAAGCAAGGAAAGACACAGUGCGCAACGUGAAGCGAGUAUCCAAGCGCGUGCCAUGACCCUUUGGGCCAGCAUGAUUGGAGUUGUGAAGAAUGAUAGGCAGCAGAGGGCCCUGUCCAGCGUGCAGCAGCAGCCAGAGAGGGGAAUGCUCCCAAUUUCCAUCAAAUGCGCCGGCUGCGACAGGGAAAUUAGGUAAUCAGGCAGCCAAGCUCGGGCACCAAAUCAGAGGCCGCGAAGACGCAACUUCGGCCUACCAAUUCCGCCCGGCUACGGCGCCUACCAACUAUCUCUCCUCGCUUCGUCUCCCUUCGUUGCACGUGCACCCUCUUUCGUCAUAUUCCCACGGUCCCAUGCCCGAUCAUGCUAAUUCAUGGCCCUGUUCUUUGAAAGUCCGAGCCUUGUGAUGUCUCGACCUCACAAGCAUCAGUGCCAGAAGUGUGUCAUUGUGGCGGGGACCUUGACUGAUUGCUUUUUGCGGCAACCACUCAGAUCGGGGGCUUCCCAAAAAGGGGAAUAAGGAUAAGAUGGUUGUAAGAAGAAAAAAGUAAAAAGUAAAGCAACCAGAUAGACGUGAUGGUCGCAUUUCUGGACA